AUGGCUAAUAAUUCAACAGCAAAUUACACUGCUCAAAAUUUGAGUUCAGAAAUAAAUUGGUGUUACAAUAACUGUAAACUUCAACCAUGUGAAGGUGUGGUGCAGGAAGUUUGUAGAAAAGUAAUCGCCGACUAUGUUUUUCCAUCUUUGAGUGAAUGGUUUUUUAUUGUGAUAAAUUUGGUACUGUUCACGAGUGGACUUGUAGGAAAUGCUUUAGUUUGCUUUGUGAUAUGGCGUAGUCUGCAGAUGCACACAGUGGUAAAUACAUUUAUAUUUAACUUGGCCUUUUCUGACUUUUUGGUGAUCUUAUUCUGUCUUCCUGCUACCUUGUUACAAGAUGUGACAGAAACAUGGUACCUUGGAGAUACAAUGUGUAAAAUCAUACCAUUUAUACAGACUACAUCUGUUUCCGUAUCCGUAUUAACACUAAGUGCUAUAUCUGUGGAGAGAUACUUCGCUAUAUGUCAGUUCUGGAAAGUAAAACCUGCCUCAAAGACUAUAAGUUGUAUCUUAGUUAUUAUAUGGUGUGUUAGUUGUCUGAUAUCAAUACCUCAUAUUGUUUAUAUGGCCGAACUCCAUACAUUUCCAGAGUCUUUGACGUCGUUAUUGAUAUAUUGUAAAAUUGAAAUGGAUGAGGAUCACUAUUUGGGCUAUAAUAUGCUGAAGAUAACAAUGUUGUAUGUAUUACCGGUACUGAUCAUGACGUUCACAUACUCUGUUAUUUCCCGACAUCUGUGGAAAAAUGAAUUACCUGGAGUCUCAGAAGAAGAUCAACGACCAGGAAAAUUCGCCACAAAAUCUGGACCCGAGUCGCAGAUGAGGUCGAGAAGAAGAGCAGCCAAAAUGUUAAUUACCAUUGUGGCAGUAUUUGUUAUCUGUUUCUUUGUUGUUCAUCUCAUACAUGUUUUGAGGUCUUUUGAACUAGUGAAUAAGAUAUCAGAUGAAAAUGUUCAUAUUAUGAUAAUGCUGUCUCAUGCAUUGGUUUAUCUCAGCAGUGCUGUCAAUCCAAUUAUCUACAAUUUUAUGAGUGCCAAGUUUAGAAAAGAAUUUAGAGUGGCACUUAGUUGUUGCAGGAAGGGACGAAGACUGGUGUUUAGACCUCCACAAUACACUACAUCGUCUACACGAAAUCGAGGCUCCAUUCCAAGAGGGUCUAUACCUAGAUCAGAAAGAUUUACAAUGAACACAUAUACUAAUAAACAUGGUUGGUUUGUUGCAUCUGGGAUUUUAAAGAAGGCAGUAAUGCAACAGGACAAAUAUGAUUAAUUUAUGAUUUAAUAUCUAAACCAGACUAUUGCUUUUUAAAUAUAUUAAGCACAUAUGUUUUAUUUAAAUUGUGAGAGAAUUGACACAAGUUACUAAAUUAACUACAUAAAUUACAACGCUUACAUUUGACUAAACAAGAAGAUCAAGAAGUCAAAUUAAAUGUGGCACGACAUUGUUAAGGAAUGAAAUAGAGUGCCAUUUGUUCAGUGAAAGUAAACUGGAGUCCUGUAAUGGUAUGUGGCAGUAUUAUCUUUCGAAUGCUCAAAAUCAGUUUUGGAGAUGAAACUCGAUGUAUUUACCUGAUAUUGAGAUAUCCAGUGAAAACCAAGUAGAUUAUACUAUCCACACUGAAGGAAAGCUGUAGAUGAAAGAGUUCCAAAUGACAUUUAAAAUUGACGAAUUCGAAAAAAUGACAUGACAUAUUUUUACUAUUAUAAACCAUAAUGAAUUGAAUAUUUUAUUUGUAUUGAGAGGCCAAACAAGCUCCGUUUCAAUUCCCUCAACAUAUUAAGGUUUCAAACUGUAGGUAUAUACCAUCGCUGUGCUUGAUUUAUGUAGUACAUGACUAAUUCAUAAACAAUAAAAAUAUCACAAAGAGGAUUUGAAAUUUGUGCUUCCAAAAUGUCGCAUGUAAACUUAUAUUUUGGACAAUGGCUGUGAA